AUGACCCACGACGGCUCCGCAGUUGAUCACUUCGACUGGACUGUACAGACUUACGGAAUGGACUUGCAGUUCUCCAACAAGUUCUUCUUCUGGCUGCUUCAGGGCGCCGCCACCCAGCAGGGCAAUCAGUCAGCCCCAGGGCUUGCCUCAUCCUACUUCUACAUUACCUCGCAGAGCUCGACAUCCUCCAGCAGCGUGAGUUCGCCACUGCCGACGACAGCAGCAUCACCGGUAACGCCACAAACCUUGUCUACAACUCCCACUGCGGCGUCAACUGCUGCCGGCAGUUCGGAAGCACAAAACGGCCUAGGCACUGGGGCUAUAGUUGGGAUUGCUGUUAGCACAUCCUGCAUUGGUACUGCGGCCAUCUUCGGAGUCAUUUACUGCAUCAUGAGGCUGAGGAAGACCCAGAAAGCGCUCGCAGCUCAGCUAGAGCAGCAGAACGCGAGGCUGGACCAGCAGUACGAUCCCUCCGAUCGCGUCAAGUCACCUCAGCAAGUAACGACGGCUAGCGAGUUGCCUAGCCCGAUGGACAGGACCGGAAAUCACCACAGCCUAGGCCUGGUAGAGUUGGGAGGAUGA